CGGGCUCUCAAAAUGUAUUCAGUUUCAAUUUAAAGAUUUUAUAAUUAAACAAGUGAAAAAUUUCACGCUCUAAAAAUGGUCAAAAUUAUGAUAAUCCUCGCUGUGUGUGUUGCGCUGGCAGUGGCACAUCCACAAGGUUACGGAGGCGGUAAAGGCCGUGGUGGUAGCCAAGGUGGUGGCCAUGGCGAACAACAAGGAGGAUUCGGUGGCAGUCUAGGUGGUGGCUACGGUGGCCAACAAGGAGGAUUCGGUGGCAGUCAAGGUGGUGGCUACGGUGGCAGCCAAGGUGGUGGCUACGGUGGCAGCCAAAGUGGUCGCGGCGGUGGACAUUAUUGAAAAAGUUACUCUAGCUAAUGAAUCGAUAAAAUGUCCAACUUGAAUCAAGUUUCGUUGAAAUGUAAAUUUUUUAAAAUAUAAAUACAUAGUUACAUACUUGUAUGUAUGUUUGUAAUUUUAAAGCGUAAAUUCUAUCUGGCAUUUUUAAUUAAAUUGGCUGUAAAUGCGGUUUA